AUUGCCCUGACCAAAGAUGUCUGAACGACACUUUUUCGGACAUCCUACAAAAUAGGAUGUGAUAGUCAUGUGAUACCGGAAGCGGAAGUGUAUAAAAACGUGACUCUCUUCCAUCAUACCUGAAGUUCCAAGUCUAGGCACUAAUCUGUGGGCAAGAGAUGGCUUCAUAUACCUGCAUUACAUGCCGAGUGGCCUUUGCAGACCCAGAUAUCCAAAGAGCCCAUUACAAGACCGAUUGGCACAGAUAUAACCUGAAAAGAAAGGUGGCUGAUAUGCCUGCAGUCACAGCUGAAAACUUUCAAGAGAGAGUUUUGGCCCAGAGGGCAGUGGUUGAAGAGCAAACCAAAGAGACUGCUACUUAUUGUGCAGUGUGCAGCAAGAGGUUUGCAACAUUCAAUGCCUAUGAGAACCACUUGAAGUCAAAAAAGCACUUGGACCUAGAGAGGAAAGCGACCCAAGCUAUCACUAAAAAAGUGGAGAUGAUGAAUGAAAAGAAUCUAGAAAAAGGCCUUGGUGUGGAGAAUGUGGACAAAGAUGCCACGAAUACAGCCAUUCAGAAAGCUAUCAAGGCACAGCCUUCCAUGUCUCCCAAGAAGAAACCCAACACUCUUGCAUUUUCUAGUCAGCAAAAUGAUGCCGCAUCUGGUGCAUCACAAGACGCCGAAGCAAGAACUAGGCCAGACAAACCUCCCAGGCAACAGUGGUAUGAACAGCAGGCUAAAAAGCUGGCAACACAGGAGGAAGACAGCAGUGAAACUGAUGAGGAUCAGGCUGGAGGCUGGGAAGACAUGGACUCUGGAGAGGAAGAUGAUGAUCUAGAUGGUGAUGAGGAAAUGGAGGAUGCGGAAGAUGGAGAUGAAGAAGGUGCUACUUCCAUAGAGAGCGCUCCAGUAUUGGGUGCCAUUCCUGUCACAAACUGCUUGUUUUGUUCACACCAUUCACACUCCCUCAUGAAAAAUAUUGCUCACAUGACCAAAGUCCAUAGCUUCUUCAUACCUGACUUGGAGUACCUUCAGGAUCUGCAAGGUCUUAUCAAGUACUUAGGGGAAAAGGUCGGUGUUGGGAAGAUCUGUCUGUGGUGCAAUGAGAAGGGAAAGUCGUUUUACACCACAGAAUCAGUCCAGGCUCACAUGAAUGACAAGAGCCACUGCAAAGUUUUUGCUGAUGGAGAUGCUGCCCUGGAGUUUGCUGACUUCUAUGAUUUUAGACCCAGCUAUCCUGAUCACAAAGAAGGAGAAUACAUAGUUAUGGAAAGGGAUGUAUCUGCAGAUAAAAAUUUGGAGUAUGAUGAAGAAACUAUGGAGCUUGUACUCCCAUCAGGUGCCAGAAUUGGUCACCGAUCACUCAUGCGAUACUACAAACAGACAUUUGGUGUUACCAGAGAAUUAGUUGUCUCUAGAAAUAAGAAAGCCGUAGGCCGAUUAUUACAACAUUACAAGGCACUUGGGUGGACAGGUGCAACUGGUUCCACAGAUCUCCAGCGUGGGCGUGACAUGCAGUAUGUUCAAAGGAUGAAGUCCAAAUGGAUGCUGAAGACUGGAAUGAAGAAUAAUGCCACAAAGCAGAUGCAUUUCAGACAUCAAAUCAUGUUCUGAUUCUCUGAUCCAUUUCAAAGGGAAGAUUUGGUUUACUUAGAACCAAUUACCUUUGGUGGUUAUCUUGAUCUUUAUUGUUUAAGCACUUUCAUGUUGUUUGAUUGAACUGCUGCUGCUACUGGAUAGUUGGGCAUGGUGGCAUGUAAUGCUGAAUGCAACAGGUUGUAUACCUGUGAGGCAUAUGUUAUUGAGUAACUCUUGCAGUGCCGUAUGUGUAUUGCAUUUGUUAACUUGCCAACAUUUUCCCAAAGGCAUUUUCAACCACACCUUAGUAAGGAUUUAUAGGAAAAAAUAGAAGAAAAUCAAUUAUACCAUUAUGAUGUGUUCAUCACUGUCUAAUUUUCAGAACUAAUAAUAAAAAAAAUGUUUAAAGGGCCAUUAUAGUGGAAAAAUUACACGUUAAUUUGUUAGAGCAUUUUCUUUUAACAUUAGUGACCCUGCAAAGCCUUGUGUUUAAAAUACUGCUGUGGAGCUGCAGAGCACUGCAGGUCCCGAGUGGAAACUGCCAGCCAUCCAGUCAGCAGUGGUUUGCUGGAUCAGUGGCCAUGUCUGCUUGGGACCAGAAGCUCUUCAGACACCUUAGAACAAAAGUAAUUUAUUUAUGACGUUUCGGGACAACAGAGAGGAAGGGACGUUUGUUGUCCCGAAACUUCACAAAUAAAUUGCUUUUGUUCUAAGAUGUCUGAAGUCCAGUGAGUGCUUCCUUUCAUCCACUUUAUUAUAUAUAUAUAUUUAUUUAUUAAACCCUGAAGCAGACCUCUAGAUAGAGGCAUCAGUGCUGGUUAUCCCAAUAUCCAAAGAUUCGUAAGUCAAGCCUGUUCCGCAUGAGUGGUCUGUCACUUGUUUUCCAGACACUGGGCGUUGCGUGCAUUUGCACUAAGUGCUCUUGAGUUUUGCCUGGAUGUCUUCACUGCUUGUUUGAGCCUGGGAAAUUAUUUAUAGAUGCGUGCGAUAGCACUAAGAGCACCGUGGAACUCCCCUCAGUGACUUUCAACUGUGGACAUUUCCCAGUUUUUACUGCAAGUUUUGUGUUUACUGCAUUUGUUCUAACAGACCUUCACAUUCUGUAUUUCAUACCAUGUUAUAGCUCUGUGUGUAUUACUUUGGCAUAUCUAGGCAGCAAAUUACAUUGCUCUAAUCUAAGGUAUUUCACUGAACACUGGUUAAACUGCAAAUAAUAAAAUUAGUUUUUUUUGGUGCAGCCUGUGUCACACUUUGGCUUUUGUGUAUAUAUUCAUUAGCCCUCUCUUAACCCUUUCGUGACAGUGUAAAAGUGUCUACAUCGGAACACCUGUUCCGAUGUAGACAAAUUGAAACUACGCGAUCGUGCAUACGAUCGGGAGAUUUCAAUUAUUGGAUCGCAUCUGGGGGGCGUCCCUACAACCCUAGGAACGCCCUCCAGACCGCGAUCAAGUCCUUGAAGCGCAGAAGGCUUCAGGACAGCCGUUUGAUAUGACGUUCUAUUCCGUCAUAACGGCUUUAAAGCCCAGUGUAAAUAUGACGGAAUAGAACGGCAUAACGGCGUUAAAAGGUUAACCUGGUGUAUUUACAUAUUAUUUUUGUGACUGCUUGCACAUUUUCCUAACACAAUAAUUCUAGCCUUGUUUUGAGUGCCACAAUCUUCCUUUUAGUAUAUAUUUUUUAUAUAUUAUAAUAUUUAUAUAUUAUUUUGAAACCCUCUGCAAGGGUUAAACACAUAGCAUUGCAGGGUUAUUCCUUUGUAACCAUUUUUUUUGCUAGAAUGGUCCUUUAAAAUGACUUUAUUAGUACUGUGAUCACUCUUAAGGCAUAGCCGCAUAUUUAACCUCUUUGGCAGGUAAGGUGCCAAUCAAUUUAGUUUCAUACAUCAUGUCUGUUAAAGGGAUACUAAACCCACAUUUUUGUCUUGCAUGAAUCGGAGCGUGCAACUUUCUAAUUUACUCCUAUUUUUUUUUUUUUUUUUCCGUUCACUUGCUAUCUUUAUUUAAAAAGCAGGAAUGUAAAGCUUAGGAGCCGCCCCCAUUUUAGGUUCAGAACCCUGGAUAGCACUUGCUUAUUGGUGGCUACAUUUAGCAAACCAAUAAGCAAGCAUAACCCGGGUUCUAAACCUUAGCCUGCGCCUAAGCUUUACAUUCCUGCUUUUUAAAUAAAGAUAGCAAGAGAAUGAAUAAAAAUUGAUAAUAGGAGUAAAUUAGAAAGUUGCUUAAAAUUGCUGCACUAUCUGAAUCAUUAAAUAAAAAAUUGGGUUUAGUGUCCCUUUAACAUGCAGUAAUAUUUUGUAUUCGUGCUAAAGGAACAAUUCCUGAAAUGUUUUUUUGCGUUGCAAGCCGUACUGUUAUAAGAAGUUCAGAUAUUAUGUUUUGAGAUCUUUCCUUUAAUGAAGAGAUGUGCAACAUAGGUUUUAUUACACUCAGGCUUCUGCCUUAUAUCUUUUGUUCAAAGAAUGUCAUUUGUACUUGUUCCUUUUGAUCUCCUAAUUCAUUUUUGAGAGUGAAGCACCAAGAUUACUUGGAUCCCAUAAGUUCUAAACUACUUGUCUCUGUUUUAAAAUCUACUCUAAUUAUAAUAAAACCAACUUAUUAAUUA